UCUGUAUACCGAAGAUGUAAACAUUUGCUCUGAUAAGUCUUAAAAACCUAACAUGUACAAUACUAUGGAUGUUAAUCCACUCUGUAUUAUAUUAGUGAAAAAUGGAAGUAGAGGAGACAGACUGUUAUUUCGUUAUCCUUAUUCUGUUGACACCACAAAGGAGACAAAAACCAAAAAUAAAAGACCUAAUCCAUAUUCUCUGCUCAUCGAGGGGAAUACGCAGACAGUACCGAUGCCCCACACAUCAAACAUCUCCAAUGGCAAGCUCGUUGGUUUUAGUGAUAAGGUUAUGUCAAAUCUCUUUGCUGUGAAGAGUGAACUUUGUGACAGCAAAUUUGAAUUGAAAGUAAAUGAUGUGAGAUUUGUUGGUCAUCCCGUACGCCUCAAUCCUUCCACAACUCACGCCCGACCACAGGACAAGAGAAAAGCUUCUACAAUUAUUCUUUUCAACAUUGUCUUUGCAUUAAAGGCAACAUUAAACCAUGAUGUCGUGAACUGUUACCACGACUUAAGCAUGAGACUUGGAUUGGCCUUGCGUCAUGAGGAGUACCGCUGCCAGUUUCUCUCAUCAGAAGCCAAGAUAAUGCUCGCAGCACAUGAUGAGACUUCCACUUCUCCUGAAGACGGACAGGUCUCACCAUUUCAAUUGAUCUUGGACCGCAGCCUCCUUGCUCGACAUCUUAGACAAGCUUAUGAAGAGUUGUGUGGGUCUGGUAUUGUUCAACUUCGGCUCAACAAAUGGAUAGAAGUUAGCUUUUGUUUGCCACAAAAAGUACACCACAGUUUAGCCACAGGAAGGCCAGUUGAUUGUGAAGGACUACUGCGAGGGCUGCAAACGCUGAAGCCUUAUCACACAUUGCUGCUGUUGGUGGAGCGAUCAGAACUAUUACAUUCACUCUCACCAGAUGCUUCACAAGCCUUAUGGAGGUUGCUUCAUGUGGAGGAGUCACAUCUCACCCCCUUCUUCACCUUGGCUGCUGAUGCUGAUCUUACUCUAACUCAGGUCUUUAUGUUGGUGGGUCAUCUUGUUUACUGGGGCAAGGCUACCAUCAUAUACCCUGUGUGCAGCACCAAUGUCUAUGUUCUCUCUCCAAAUGCUCCCACAAUUAUAAAUAGCCAUCUAGCCGAGAGCUUUGGUGAGCAAUUUCCAGGCUCUUCUCUGCAUGCUGUUAUGGCAGAUUUUUCCCUCCCCACAUCUCUCAGUGAUAAAUGUCACCCAAUAACUUCACCUCAUCAACAGCAAGAACAAGUACAACAAGUAUUGUGGUUAUUGAAACAUGGUCUCCUGCAGCAGUUACAUACAUACAUCUAUCUGGCUCCUCCUAUGUCUUAUGACUUUGAGGGAGUGCGAACCGGGGGACGGGAGUUUGGAGGAGCUGGGCAACUAGGAAGCCAGGGGACCAGCUCUCCAGCCAGUACAAGCAUUCCAACACCGACUGUUCAUGAGCCUCCACCUCUCUCUCAUGAAAAUUCUUUACUGACUCCCCAUUCACAAUCUAAUCAUCAUCCAGACAUAACCCAUGAUGCUCUCCACCAUGCAGCAGUGCAGCUUAGUCAACCAGCCUCGGAGAGUGAUCUGGGAUCUGUGUGCAGUGAUGAGAGGAGUCCAAGUCCAGGAGUAAACAUUGGUGCCACACCUGAGGAUUCUGUUCAUCGUUGUCUGGAUGCUGCUUUAUCUCCUGCAGAGAAGGAGAUGGUGAUGAAAGUGGAGGCAGCACGUAAUCCUGAAGAUCUCAAACUCUUUGCAAAGCUGUGUGUGUAUUUCCGGGGGCAUCAUCACCUUGAAGAGAUGAUGUACAGGGUUAAUCUACGAAGAUCACAUCUACUUCAACUCAUUGAUAAAUUCCGUCAAGUCCUCAUCACUUGUCAGUAUCCAGAUGACUCUAUUACACUGUCUACCCAUACCAAGUGAUAAUAUGUGAUUUAGCAUUAGCUUUUAGAUUAUUGUAAAUAAAGAAAAUGUAAUUAUUAUAUAUGCUUCAAAAAUAGAAAACUAUAUUUUCUGAUAUUUCUUGUUCACUCAUCUCAAACAGAAAAGCUUUUUGUGAUGUAGAUGCCAGAUAGCAGUGACGUACAUCUAAGUGUAAACUCUACGUAUAAUUGAUGUAUUUCAACAUGCUCAUCAGUGAUUUCUUAAUAUUAACAAGCCCAGGACAUAAAAAACAUUUCUGUGAUCUUUAAAAGUACACUAAAAUCACUAAGUCAAUUAAUUUGAAACUAAUGAAUCACAGUCUCAUUUAGAAUGCAGUUAAAUAAUCCCCAAAAUAGGUGAUAUGAUAUGUAAGAUUGGCUCAGUGUACAAUAUGCUAUUUGAAGAUGUUUUCUGCUUAUACAGUUGUUCUGUAACACAAUAUGUAUUAAGGUGGCAAUGGAGAUGAAAUGGAUAAAAACAAUACAAAGCUUCUCACUGAAAAAUAAAAAAACAAGAAAAGCACAAGCAAAAAUUUCUCCAAUUAUCCAUUUGUUUUAAGACAAAUUAAGAUAUUAGUCUGCCAGUACAGUAUUAUCCAUUUAUUUAUACAGGGCAUCUGAUAUGCAAUGAGUGGCUCUUGGAUCUCCAUUGCUUUCUAUAUUAGUAAAGUACAGUAAAUUCAAUACAUAAUCCAUAACUUUAUCCUUAUCUUUAUAUAUAUAUA